AAAACAAAAAAAAAAAAAAAGUACCGUCGUGGGCUAUUUCGAGCAUCUGCAUGUUCAAUCCAAUGUUUAUCAGAAAACGUAGAGCAUCCGAAAUACAAGAAGAAAUCAAAGAAACAUUCCGCGUAUUUGAUAACGAUGGUAAUGGAUACAUAUCAGAAACAGAACUGCGACAUAUCAUGGCUUCAGUGGGUGAGAAACUAUCUCAAAAUGAGCUGGACGCCAUGUUACGCGAAGCUGAUGUAGAUGGUGAUGGACAAAUCAACUAUGAGGAAUUUGUAAAGAUGCUUGCAAAAUAACAGGCACUUUUCUUUUUUUUUCUUUUUUUAAUUAUUUUACUUUUUCAUACUUACAGCGAAGAACGCGUAUCAAUCUAUGAUUGGGAGCAUUGCUAUCAUUGCUAUAAGCACGAUACACCGAUAUUCCUAUUCAAACAUCAGGCACAAAUCGAAUAAACCCUUGAACUUUUCAAGUUUUUUGUGAAGACCCUGUUUCAA